CUUCGUUCAUUUCAAUCAAUCAGCCGCGCCGCAAGAAAGCUGUCGUGUCGUGUUUGUAUUUAUUUUACAAAAACCGAUAGCUCGUGAUAUCGCAUUGCUUCAUAACUUUUUAGUUAAGAGUUUAGUAACGCGCGGUGUGGAGUUUUUCUAAUGUUAUUAUUAUAACCAGUAAACUAAGAGUGUUUGAAACAUGGGUGCUCGCGUAUCCAGAACCGAUUUUGAGUGGGUUUACACUGAGGAACCUCAUGCGAGCCGCCGGAAAAUAAUCCUAGAAAAAUACCCUCAAAUCAAGAAGCUGUUUGGCUACGAUCCGAACUUCAAAUGGGUGGUGACGGCGAUGGUGCUAGUCCAGAUCAUCUCUUUGCCUUUUGUGACGCAACUCAGCUGGCCUCUGCUGCUGGUGGUAGCUUAUUGCUUCGGUGGAGUCAUCAACCAUUCUCUCAUGUUGGCUAUCCACGAAAUCGCACACAACCUAGCGUUCGGUCAUAAUCGGCCUUUAGCGAACAAAUUAUUUGGAUUCUUUGCGAACCUACCUAUAGGGCUGCCGGUGUCAAUAAGCUUUAAAAAGUAUCACUUGGAACACCAUAGGUACCAAGGAGAUGAAGUCAUAGACACGGACCUCCCAACAUUGAUCGAAGCCAAGUUAUUCUGCACCACCGGCGGCAAGCUGCUCUGGCUGUUCCUCCAGCCGUUCUUCUACAGCUUCCGACCUUUAGUGGUCCGGCCUAAGGCCCCGACACCGAUGGAACUCAUCAACCUGGUGAUACAACUGUUCUUUGACGCCGUUAUUAUUAAACUUUGGGGUUGGAAAGCGCUCGGCUACCUACUGCUUGGCGCUGUAAUGGCGAUGGGAGUUCACCCUGUAGCUGGCCACUUCGUUGCCGAACACUACAUGUUUAAGAAAGGCUAUGAGACCUACUCGUAUUAUGGACCUCUGAACUGGAUUACAUUCAACGUGGGUUACCAUAACGAGCAUCACGAUUUCCCGGCGGUACCUGGCAGUAAACUACCCGAGGUACGCCGUAUCGCGCCGGAAUUCUACGACACAUUGCCACAUCACGAUAGCUGGUCCAAGGUACUCUAUGAUUUCGUUAUGGACCCCGACAUCGGACCCUACGCGAGAAUCAAACGCAAGCACCACGGACUUGACAGUUAAGUUGGUAGUAUUGUACCUAGCUGUUGUUGUUUUUCUAAUGUUGGUAGAGCGCUUGCGAUGUUUUGUAGGAUAUAGAAAGAAAUAUAUAAUAAUUCUUUUAUAAAGCACGUUUAAAAAAUUGAUUUCAACCCCCUCUUUUUUGAAGUCGGUUAAUUAAAUCAAAUCAAAUCAAAUCAUUUAUUCAUUUGCGAACAUGGGUACAAAAAAAAGGUCUUAUACCAAAAAGUGUCCAUUAACCAUAUUCUACCUUAAAGGCAUGCAAAUUUAAAAGAAAGAUACAAUAACACAUAAUAGGCUCCAAUAAACUAGUAUUUUACAAAUGAGGUAACUAAGGUAAAUUAAUGUACUAAAACCUUCCUAAGUAUAUCAAACACUUCUGAAAACUGCGAUGCUGCAAUAGCGAGAUACUCGCGGACAAACCCUGCUUUUAUUAAAAGUCCACAAAAAACGAAAAAUAUGCAUUUACAUGUAAAUCGAGAGAGUACAGUAGUUGUAGAUAGCGCCAUCUAGCGGUGAGCGUUUGUAGCUUAACGUAUGUUGCACUCUGUAAAUGAAAUACAAAGUACAUACUAUUUUUACACAAUUUUAUAAAAGUAAACUAAGUGAGUUCCGAUUAGUACUGAAUUACAAUAAAAAUAACGCUUGACCCAGAGGUUAAUUUUCGCUGUUAUGUCACAAAGAUAAUGUUAAAUAUUAAAAAAAAAAUAACCAGUCUAUUUCACUGUAUUCCUAAACACAUCGCAAGCGCCAUCUGCAUACAUACUUGGAACAAUUAAUUUGUAAAACCAUAUUACUAGUUUAUUUUUUUACACAAUAAAUUAUGGAUUUGAUUAGAACUACGAUGUAACUGUACAUGUACCUUAUGUAUUAUUUUAAUUAUAAGUUUAAUUGUUUUAGCUUAAUUUUUUUAAAGAUAUCUCAAAUACAAUAUUAUUUUUUUUUGUUUUCUAAUUAUUAAGUUUUCGUCACUACCUUUGAUUCCUGAGGAGGGCAAAGCGUUUUUAGUGUUUUAUAACAUAUUUGUAUUGAACUUCCGUGAGACAUAGUAAAUAAAUUAUUAUGUUUUCGACUUACGUAGUAAUU